CCGCCCCUCAACGUGCGUAUGAGUUGUGUGGUGGGUAAAUAUGUAAACAUACAAACCUAACCAAAAAUGUGCAAACCAUAUACCAGACAAAGUAAUCAAUAAAUAAAACACAAAGCUACAAGAACAAUAAAUAACAACAGGGCAAAAGUCUCGUCCAAGUGAAGGAGAAAUUGUUUCAUUGCUGCAUCACUACAAAAUAGAAUAUUCAUCGUGAUGUCUAAACGGGUUACGUUGGAUGAGAAACGUGCACGCAUACUUCAGAUAUUCCAUGAGAGACAGGAUUUUUUUACACUCAAGGAAAUUGAAAAAAUUGCUUCCCAGGAGAAAGGAAUUGUCGUGCAGACCGUUAAAGAUGUACUGCAGGCACUAGUAGAUGAUGGACUCGUUAAUUCUGACAAGAUUGGGUCUGCUAUUUAUUUCUGGGCAUUCCCCGGGGAGAAACUUGUAGCUGUUGAGAAACGGAUAUCAGAGACAAAUAAAUUGAUUGUAGCAGCAGAAUUUAAGUUGCAGAAGCUCAAUGCGGAAAUUGAAAAAAUUCCGGUAGAUAAGCAAGACUCAGAAGAAAGACAGCAAGUGUUACAAGAUAUUCAACAACUGAAUGAGAAGAAAAUCGAGUUAACAAAACAAAUAGGAAAUUUUAGCGACUCUGGCCCUGAAGUUGUUGAACAAAUCGUCAAGCAAGCAAAGGAAUACAAAGAUGCAGCUAAUGUAUGGACCGACAAUAUAUUCUCAAUACAGAGCUGGUGUAAAAACAAAUUCGAUAUUUCAGAGGAGAUACUUAACAAGCAGUUCCAUAUCCCCGAGGAUCUGGAUUAUGUCGAGUUAGUGAUAUUAUCUUUCCGAAAAAAAUGCUGUAGCUGUUCUGUUGGAAUUUUCCUCACCAGAUGGCUAGUACAUCGUUUUGAAAUAAUUGUCGGUCCUUUGGAGAAGAUUACGGAAAAAUGUUUCUCGAUAAAACCAUAAUUAUCUUUUCGACUCCAGUAAUUCACUACUGAAUAAUAAAAAUAUUUGAUGCUUUAAUCAAUUUCCUGGCGAUUUAUUCUACAUUCAUCAAUAUCUCUCUCUCUCCACAUUUAUAUGAAAACACAUCUCACUUCUCACCCGAAUGCUCAUGAGAAUAGCCCGAAUGAUAUUGAAGUGUGCAUAUGUAGAGGUAGAUAUAUAUGAUAUACACAUCCGUUGGGGAUGAUUUGGAACAACUGACGUGGUUAUCAGGCAGUGGAUGUCACAUGUAUGUACAGGAGUGACUUUUAACAUACAUACAACAAAACGCAGUGCAAUUAUGUUGAAUGUUUGGUAGGAAAUAACAGAAGGACAGGCCCAAGACGAUUGACAACUCACUUUUACCUAGUUUUUGUGGAAAAUAAUUCAAAAU